UGCACAAAUAUGCACUUCUUAUUUUUCUACUAUCUAUAGAAUUGCUUUCAUCAAGAGUUUUCCAGAACACAGUGUCUCAGAUGGAAAACCUAAUAGAAUCAGUCUCUGCCAAAUUUAUUUUUCUAUUUGAUUGUUACAUAAUGUUCCUAUUAAACAAUUGUUUUUCCUUGUGACCGGUGAAAGUGAAGCUUGUAUGGUUUUGAUAUACAUUACAGACAUAUAGAAGAAAUGUCUUUAAGAAAAUUCUAUAUAGCAUAUAUCCAUUUAUAUGCUACAAAUAUAUGUAUUUUUAAUUAUUCUGAAUUUACUUAGUAAAUUCCUUUGUUUAUUUUCAACAGUAUGCAGUUGCUCUGAUCCUACUGUCUAAUAUGUACUAAAAUUUGGAAAGCAGCUUCCCAGAAGGCUAAAUAUUUUGAGAUUGCUGUGUCUUUCUUUAUGUUAUUUAGAAAUAAAAUAGUUUUAAGGAAGAAGUAAGCGGCCUCUAAAAGCCAGGCUAUCAUAGCAGUGUGGGCCAGCUUCACCUGCUUUUCAGCCUUGUCGUGUAAAAGAACAAAUUGUAUUUUUUAUGAUGCUUAAUAUUAUGUAUACCUGAGACAUCUAACCUGUGGGGUAUGACUUGCCACUAUCACUUGGAAGAACUGGAGAGGGGCACACACAUGCAGUGGGAGCAAUAAAGUUCCCUCACCCUGUGUGCUAGUCAUUGAAAUGUUUCUGGACAUUGUGGUAAAAGAUGCAUCUUUAAUCUUCAUAACUAAGGUAUUGGCAUCUGACCAAAGAUAAUACAGUGCCAGGCAGUCCCAUAUGUCCUCUGGGACCACGCUACUUCUUCAUAUGGCAGACCUCAGAGGUGUCACAUCACUUACCAUCUGACAAUUAAUGUACAAAAGAGAAAUGAAAAGAUGAAAAGGAAUAUGCAUUGAAGCAAAUUGAAGGCACAGGAAUAUCCAUGUCGGCUUGUAGAGAGAUUGCACUUUUGCGAGAAUUGAAGCACCCAAAUGUGAUCGCUUUGCAGAAGGUGUUCCUUUCUCACAGUGACCGCAAGGUGUGGCUGCUGUUUGAUUAUGCAGAGCAUGAUUUGUGGCAUAUUAUUAAGUUUCACCGUGCAUCCAAAGCAAAUAAAAAGCCCAUGCAGUUGCCAAGAUCCAUGGUUAAAUCAUUACUUUACCAGAUUCUUGAUGGUAUCCAUUACCUCCAUGCAAAUUGGGUGCUUCACAGAGACUUGAAACCAGCAAAUAUCCUAGUAAUGGGAGAAGGUCCUGAGAGGGGGAGAGUCAAAAUAGCUGACAUGGGUUUUGCCAGAUUAUUCAAUUCUCCUCUAAAGCCGCUAGCAGAUUUGGAUCCAGUAGUGGUGACAUUUUGGUAUCGGGCUCCAGAACUUUUGCUUGGUGCAAGGCAUUAUACAAAAGCCAUUGAUAUAUGGGCAAUAGGUUGCAUAUUUGCUGAAUUGUUAACUUCAGAACCUAUAUUUCACUGUCGUCAGGAAGAUAUAAAAACAAGCAAUCCCUUUCAUCAUGAUCAACUAGAUCGGAUAUUUAGUGUCAUGGGAUUUCCUGCAGAUAAAGAUUGGGAAGAUAUUAGAAAGAUGCCAGAAUACCCCACACUUCAAAAAGACUUUAGAAGAACAACGUAUGCCAAUAGUAGCCUCAUAAAAUACAUGGAGAAACACAAGGUCAAGCCUGACAGCAAAGUAUUCCUCUUGCUUCAGAGACUCCUUACUAUGGAUCCAACCAAGAGAAUUACCUCAGAGCAGGCUCUGCAGGAUCCCUAUUUCCAGGAGGACCCCUUGCCGACAUUAGAUGUAUUUGCUGGCUGCCAGAUUCCAUACCCCAAACGAGAAUUCCUUAAUGAAGAUGAACCUGAAGAGAAAGGUGACAAGAAUCAGCAACAGCAGCAGAACCAACAUCAGCAGCCCACAGCACCCCCGCAGCAGGCAGCAGCCCCUCCGCCGGCGCCGCCACAGCAACAGAACAGCACCCAGACCAACGGGACUGCGGGGGGCGCUGGCGCCGGGGCCGGGGGCACUGGGGUGGGGCUGCAGCACAGCCAGGACGCAGGCCUUAACCAGGUGCCUCCAAAUAAGAAACCGCGGCUCGGGCCUUCAGGCGCAAACUCAGGCGGGCCUGUGAUGCCGUCAGAUUAUCAGCACUCCACUUCACGCCUGAAUUACCAAAGCAGCGUUCAGGGAUCCUCUCAGUCCCAGAGCACACUAGGCUACUCCUCCUCGGCUCAGCAGAGUGCGCAGUACCACCCAUCUCACCAGGGGCACCGGUACUGAGCAGCGCAGCCCCUCCGCUCGGCCAGUUCAGCCCCAGAGCACAGACUCAGCAAUACGAUGUCUGCGUUGAAAAGAACCAAAAAUGCCAGCUCUGAUGCCGGUUUAAAACUCACACGUUUAGGAGAACUUUAUAUACUGAACAUUUUGCAGGUCUGAUACCUCUUCUUUAUCAAGUUAAAGAAGAUUCUCGUGAAGUUUCCCAACAUCCUUCCCCUGCAUGUGUUCCAUUGUGAUUUUGCAGAUAAAGCAUCUGAUCUAAUCCCAGCACUUAACUUCUGUAACCUUCAGCAUUUUUUUGAAGGAUUUCCUGGUGCACCUUUCUCAUGCUGUAGCAAUCACUAUGAUUUAUCUUUUCAAAGCUCUUUUAAUAGGAUUUUAAUGUUUUAGAAACAGGACUCCAGUGGUGUAUAAUUUUAUACUACAUGAACUGUUUUAGCAACACAGGUAAAAAUGCACCUUUUGAAGCACUACGUUGUUUUCAAGGAUAUAACUGUUUUGCUCAUGAAAGUCUUAAACUGUAACUGUCCCAACGUACUUCACUGUUGUGUUUUUAUUUAUCUAGUUUCAGGGAAGGUCUAAUAAAAAGACAGGAAGUGGGACAGAGGGAACUUCCAACCAAAAACAGCUUAGAUCUUUGCAGUUACUAUGCUUUAUGCUAUGAAGAACUGAAGUAUGUUAUAAUUUUUAUAUAAUCACUCAUGGAACUUAGUUCCGAGAAUCAUCAUCUUAUUCUGAAAUGGAUUCAGUAAUUAAGAAUUGUAAUUUUUAACCUUCAUAUAGCGAAGUCUACCUUAAAAAGGGUUUCAAGAGCUUUGAUGAAAUACAGUCCUCUGGUGACCUUGACCAGAAAGCUGCAAGAGAAUAUUUAACUGCACUAGGAUUUCUUUAAGGAGUAAUGUUGAUUAAAGGAUGUAUUACUUACCUUUGAAGGAAAAGCGUUUUGUGUGUAUUGUACAUAAAGUUGGCUUCUCUAAAGAACUGUCAGUUUCUUCACCUCUGGGUCAGCUUGAGUAACUUUCUUAAAUAAUCAAGGUACUCAAAUAGAAGCCUGCAAAUUAAUCUGCUUUUAAAGAGGCAGUGUUAUCCAUUCAUAUUUGCAUUAGACAUAGAGUGACUAUUUUUAAAGCAUGUUAAAAAUUUAGGUUUUAUUCAUGUUUAAAGUAUGUAUUGUGUAUGCAUAAUUUUGCUGUUGUUAUUGAAACUUAAUUCUAUCGAGAAUCUUUUCAUUGCACUGAAUGCUUUCUUUUGCCCCUAGGAGAAAACUUAAUAAUUGUGCCUAAAAACUAUGGGCAGAUAGUAUAAGACUAUACUAGAUAAAAGGAAUAUUUGCAUUUCCAUUAUCUAUGAAUUAGAGGCUGAGUUCAUUCUUAGCCAGUUUAGGGAGUCUCUUACUCCCUAGAGUGAGAAGGUAAUGUAAAGACUUAGAGCUCCCACUGUAACGUAAGAGCCAAGAAAUUUGUGUUCUUCUUUCUGAAUGCUACUAGCAGCACCAGCCUUGUUUUAAACAUUGUUUUUUUCUUGAGCUAGAAGAAAUAGCUGAUGUUGUAUAUGCAAAUUAUAUGCAUCUUUUUUACUAUUCUUUGUGAACUUAUCUACCUGGUUAAUGAUACUCUGGGUCCAUACACAAGUAAAAUAAGAUUUUAGACAGAAGCCAGUAUACAUUUUGCACUAUUGAUGUGAUACCAUAGCCAGCAAGGACCUUACUGAUCUCAGCAUAAUAAUGCUUAUUGAUAAUAAGGACUGUGUAGUGACACUCAUCAAGAAUGAAGGUGAAGCAGUUGACAUGCUCCAUUGGAAGGAAUUUUGGAUUGUCUCCAUGGUAGCUUAUCCCUUCUGUUUUUUAAAAUUAAGAAAUCAAUAGCCUUCUGUAUAAUGCAGCUACCUGUAUAAAGUGUACCCUGAAGCCUCACUGUCCAGAGCUGUCAGUCAGCAGAUGCUCUCUGUACCCUCUCCAUGUGCCCCGCACCAGACCGGUGGAGGACACAAAGGAAGGGCAAGACAUACUUUCCGUCCUUGGGGAGCUGAUGGUCAGUUUAGUGACAGUAAAUUAAGCUCCCCUGGGAUGUCUGUGCCAUGAGUUGGGCUUAUAUAUGAAACCAUCUUGUGAUAUGAAGGUUCUUUAGUUUACUUCUAACCCUACUUGGAUAGAGUUAUUCUAAAUUCUGCUCUAUAGUAAACAGUGUUAUGGAGAGGUUUCUAUAUCAGUCCACCUUAAGGAAAGUCAGAGAUUAAAUAUCAUAAAAGGCAUUAGUGUAUAUUUUAAAUCUUCACAGCAGCUUUUCAACAGCAGUUGGGUGGUCCUUGUAGGCAGAACACAGUCUACCAAGUGUAAGAAAUUACAGUGAAAACAGAAGCUCCGUUCCUGUCCUCAAGGGGAGCAUACAUUUAAUAAAAGAGAACAAACCCAAGUAUGUACAUAAAUCAAAAUACCAUGCCUCUUAAUACUUUGUAAACAACUUUGAUAUACAGUUCUUGUGACAUGUGCUUAUACAUUCACAAGACUACCCUGCUUUCCUUGUAUAUAAUGAAUUUUACUGGCAGAACUGAUGGAUAAACCGUAGGGGGAUUUCAUCACUUCCUGUCAGUACACAGUGUUCUCCAGGGUGUAGCCAGAAAUCCCCAUGACCAACAAAUGGGUCUCUGGUCACUGGGCUAAUUCUUAGGACAUGUGCUUAUACAUUUACAAAACUACCCUGCUUUCCUUGUAUAUAAUGAAUUUUACCGGCAGAACUGAUGUAUAAACUGUAGGGGGAUUUUGUCGCUUCCUCUCAGUGCACAGUGUUCUCCAGGAUGUAGCCAGAAAUCCCCAUGAUCAACGAAUGGGUCUCUUGUCACUGGCCUGAUAGUAGCCCUUCCUCUUCGUUUUUUUCCUCAGGGUUGGUGAUGCCCACUGGUACCCAUUACUCUUUGAAAUAAUUUUGGUUUAUAAUUUCCUUUUCCCCAUAAAGGGGAACAAAGCCUCUAACACACAUGAGAGCCCUAAAACUGUUGGACCUCUGAGGAGACCUGUGAAGAUUUGAGGUUAAAAUUUACCUUUGUGAUCCCAAAAUUAUCGAUUCCUCUUUGAACAUUUAUUAGAUGCAGUCAUGUCCCCUGAGGACAUACGGCCUAGGGCCACUCUUCAAUGGAGGAACACAUCUCUCAGCUUGUGGGAAUACCCAAAUCAGAGGAGGCAAUGGAAAGGAAGGAUUGAAUCAAAGUGAAGGCUUUCUGCUCUCAAUAUUACAACUCAGUUUUAGAGUUAGCUUCGUAGGGAGAUGUGUGUUUGGAAAAAUGGAUUUUAAAGUUUCAAGACAGAUGAGCUUAAGGCUAAGGUAGCCUUGGCAGCAGGCUGGUACUAUGAGGCUGAAAACAAUCCUUGUGAUGAAGGAGAUCAUGCAGUAACAUACAAAAACCAAGGACGUAUAUACUUUUAUAUCUGUGUGGUUUUGAAACUUUAGUACUUAGAAUGUUGUCCUUCAGCACUACUCUUUUGCUCUUACAAAAAAUAAUUUACUCUUAAGAAUGGAAGGGAUGACUUUUACUACAUGUUCACUGCCUCAUUUGUGGAGAAGCAACUGCUAGCUGUAUGCCUCUAAAAUGAUGCCGUUUUCUCUGCUAAAGGUAAAGAAAGAAAGAAAAAACAGUUGAAGAAUAAAAGCACAGCUUGAUCUGCUUUGAAUAAAUUUAUGUAGCAGAAACUAUACAGUGAAGGAAGAAUUCUAUAAAAAUUGAAAAUCUUAAACUCUGUGAUAUCUUCCUAGGAAAUGGAAAAGACAGCAACAUGGCAGUUAAAUUAAAGGAGGCUUGAAGGAUUCAAGUACAAGCUAUAUUUUAUAUAAAACAUAGCAGUAUAGGUCCCCAUAAUCUUCAAGAAUAGUCACAAAUACCAGAAAGCAAAGUUCAUUGUUUUAGGAUUUUUAAAAAAUGUGUUGUACCUAAGGCCAUACUUACUCUUCUAUGCUAUCACUGCAGAGGGGUGAUAUGUAUGUAUUAUAUGAAAAAAAAUCCUUAAUGCACUGUUAUCUCCUAAAUAUUUAGUAAAUUAAUACUAUUUAAUUUUUUUAAAGAUUUGUCUGUGUAGACACUAAAAGUAUUACACAAAAUCUGGACUGAAGAUGUCCUUUUUAACAACAAUUUAGAGUACUUUUUAUAUAUGUUAUGUAGUAUAUCCUUUCUAAACUGCCCUAGUUUGUAUCUCCCAUAAUUCCUGUUGUGAAGUGUACCUGUCUUUGUCUCCUUUUUCAGUAAUUUUAUGCACGCAUCCCCCUUCCUAUGAUGAUAUAGAUGACUGUGUAUGCUUCCCCACGCUCCACUGUGAGGUGUAUGCUCGAGCCGGCUGCAACCAGGGAGGCCCACCCCACGGGGGUGCAGGGCAAGCUGCUCUUUGCAGCUGAGUGUUCCCUGCUUCUGAGUUGUCCUAUCCUUUUUGAAAUGACUGUUAAAACUAAAAUAAAUUACAUUGCAUUUAUUUUAUAUUCUUGGUUGUAAUAAAA